UAACGGUGUGAUUAAGCCAAGCUAGUUUUAAUCCCCUGUGAACAGCUCUCCCAGCGAUCAGCUUUCGCUGGUAAAAAGUGAAAAAUCAAGAUGCGCUUCCUCUCGUACAUCAACCUGCUAGUGCUGGGUGUGUUGGCACUGGUUCUAAGCGCGAAUGCAGUCCCGUGCGGUUGCCCGAGGACAUACCGGCCUGUGUGUGGCAGCGAUAAGAAGACAUACUCCAACCUGUGCGUGCUGAACUGCCGCAUUGGUUCCGAAUAUGGCGUGAAGUCCAAUCUGAAGCUGCUGCGCGAAGGACACUGCAUGCAGAACGACAAGGUCGAGGAGGAGGAUAAAUGA